AUGAGCAACACCAGCGAGGAGACGUUUCCCUACAACGAGCUGUGCCCUGGCAACGACGAGGGCAUCAACGCCGGGUUGGUUCAUGACGUUGAGCUGGAUCCAAACACCAACUGGCUGUUCUGUAUUUGUCUUCCUCUCCUCCCUCUUCUCGCGAACAUCCCCGCCAACCACCUUUGCAACAUGGAGCCGCCUUGCCAAGGAAGAGCCAACGGCUACAACAGGGGACAGGAGUGUGCAGGCGUAUGGGACGUCGAAGAUGAAUGCUUCUACUGUAUAUACUGCGGUGUUGAGCUCGAGGACAACGACUCGGACGAUGACUGA